AUGUAUCUCAGAAAAAGCGAAAUUGUUAAUGAUGUGUUUUCCCAUACACUUGGAGGCCUUAGACAGCCGAUCUCGAAUGGUUUUAUGGUUCAAGGAACAGCGAUACGGAGCAAAAGAAAUAUGCAACAAUUAUCACAUUCAAAAGGAAGUGAUAGAGUUGUAAAAGGAAAGGAGAUUUCUAUCAGGCCAGCACAGGAGAAAUCGUCGCAAGAAAAUUUCGUCUGUAAUAAACCGUUUUCUCCUCGAUUAAGGGUGAAAAUUAACAAUAAAACCGAAAGACGGCAGGAAGGCAAUAAUACUCAAAUAAAUGAAACGUCAGAGAUGUCAAUAAAAUCAUCAACUGAAAUUUUCUCCACAGAACUGCAAAGAACACAGUUUGGGCUCAGAUUAUUGAGGAAUCAAAAAGAGUCUGCUCUACACAAUUUGGCAACGAAAUACAAAAGCGAAGCCGAUAGUCGAACGGAAACACCAGGUGUAUGUAGAAGUCGCGUCGACUCUCCUUCACAAAGAAAGAGCAUUGCAAGAACGAGAAGUCAAUCGACAAACGAUAUAUCAACUUUGUCACUGAAUAAUGAAAGGAUAAAAACAGAUGGCUGUCAACAAACCGAAGACAAACUUUACUGGAGCGGUGGAACAUGUGAACAAAACGUGAAUUUAAAGCGGUCAUGUAGCGCGAAUAGGGAAGAAAAGAGAAUCGAAAUCAAAGGGAAAAGGUAUGGUGCGGGUAGCGCAGGAAGGAUUAAGGCCUUACACUGUGCCUUGAGUCGAAAACGUGACGCUGCGGAUCAAAAAAUACCGGACGAGGACUACCAAAGGAUAGAUUAUGAAUAUUUUCUCAAAUUAAAGGCAUUUUCUCGUCUUUCUCGACUUUGUGAUGACUCUGUUAUCGAUGCAGUAGCGAAAGAGAACUCAGCACACAGUAUCGAAAAAAUCAGUCUCCCUCCAGUUAUUGGAUCGAAAUGGAAACUCAAAGAUCGUUUUGUUUCUGGGCUGACUUUCAAUCCGCCGACAGCCGUAUUAAGAGAAUACACAAGAAUUUCUCAAGCACGAGUUGUGGAUUUCUCUGACUCGUCCCUUGGCGGCCAGGUACUUUAA